AUGGACGAGUACCAGGAUCGGUUCCCCCUCCACGCCGCCGCUCGAGAGGGAAGAGAGCCCAAGCUUGCCACUCGAGAGGAUGAUGAUGACAGGCUGCCGAUUCACUGGGCUGCGUCAUCCAACUGCGUUGACAUAGUCAUUCUGCUUGCGCAGUACCGCAGCUUCGACCCGGACGUCCAAGAUGGCAGCGGCUGGACGCCACUUAUGAUUGCUGCAAGCCUCAAGGACGGUGAGGCCCUUGUUAAAUUGCUGCUUCAGAAGGGAGCCGAUGUCAACUUGAAGAAUGUCGCAAGGACGCUUAUCAGUCACGACCCUCCCGUGUCUACCAGGGUCCGUGAUAAACGCGGCCAAUAUCCCAUCCACAGAGCUGCGGCCAUAGGCUCAGUUCCCAUGGUGAUACUUCUGAUCAAGAAUAAGAGCCCCAUUAAUGCUACCGAUGCUGCAGGCUACACGGCACUGCACCAUGCCAUUGCUGAAGGUCAUGGUGAUGCAGCAAUGGCACUGCUUAAAGCUGGAGCAGAGUUCAACAAGAAGGACAAUGACGGAUGUCUAGCCUUAGACCUAGCUCCAGACAAAGAGGUUCGCCGCUACAUCGAGCGUACCGCCGAGGAGGAGGGCAUAGAUCUGUGA